AUGCUGGUGCGGGGGUGUGCCGGGGGCGAGUUCCGGCAUUCGCUGGCGGAACGUACCAAAGCCCUGGCGGCCAAGUGCCAUGCAUUGCGGUCGCCAGCGCACCAACGCGAUCAACGCAGCACGGAGCGCCGCCGCACCAAAAAUCGCAAAUCACAAACACGGUGGUAUGUCAAGCAGCCGACAUGGCGGUUGUGGGGCGAAGAACGAGUGGAUGGUGCAAUAUACACAGUGUAUCUCAAGAAGGUGCGGUAUCAUCGACCCACGCGCUCAGCUUCCAGUGAAUCUGACGACGAAAUCUCCCACUUGGAAUGGGAGACGGUGCGCGUGCGCUUCGUGAAGGCAGGCACAGUUGAACGUCUCGUAGAAGCUCUUGCCACCGAUGAUGGCGAGCUGGAAUCCACGUACGUCAACGUGUUCCUUGCCACGUACCGUUCGUUUGCGGAAUGCAACCAAGUGUUGGAUCUGUUACUUCGACGGUAUGAAGAGCUGGCGAUGGAAGACGUUCUACCGUCAGCGGUAGACACUUCGCAUCAACAUAGAAAGACUCUGGUGGCAUGUCUCCACGUCUGGCUGGACACCUACCCGGAGGACUUUCGCCAACCCCCGCACCAUCCCGCACUGCAGCAGCUUCUCGCCUUCACUCAGCUUCACCUGCCUGGCUCAGAGCUACAUUCGAAGGCGUUGCAGAAGCUAGCGCUAUUCAGUGCGGAGCGCAACGGCAGCUCGGGCGGCGGCACGUGCCUCGCGGCCGGCAUGCGCGUGCCGGCGCACCACACCAGCGCCUACCGCCUGCCGCACGUGCCGCACCGACACUUUGCCGAGCAGCUAACGCGUAUGGACAUGGAACUGUUCAAGCGACUGGUGCCGCACCAGUGUCUCGGCGCUGUAUGGUCACGCCGAGACAAAGACCGCUCCCACGACGCAGCCACCGUUCUAGCCACCGUAAAUCAAUUCAACGCGGUCUCUUUCCGUGUCAUAUCCACAGUACUCGUCGAGCCCAAUCUCCGCCCCGUCGAUAGGUCGGAUAUCCUCGCGGCGUGGCUGGAUAUAGCUAGGGAGUUGAGGGUGCUGAAAAAUUUUUCAUCCCUAAAAGCCAUAAUUUCGGGGUUGCAGAGUAAUCCUGUGUACAGACUGAGGAAGACGUGGGCGAUGCUGUCUAAGGAGAAGGCGGAAUUGUUCGAGGAACUCGCAAGGAUAUUCAGCGAGGAUAAUAAUAGAUGGGCUCAACGGGAACUUCUGAUGCGGGAGGGGACCGCAAAAUUUGCCGAUACGGUCGGAGAAAACGAUAGACAAUUGCAAAAAUUGUUACACGAACGCGGAUCGCCAGGGGUCAGUAAUGGGACAAUUCCAUACUUGGGUACGUUUCUGACUGAUCUUACUAUGAUCGAUACCGCUAUUCCUGACACUGUUGCUGAUGGUUUAAUAAAUUUUGAUAAAAGGAGGAAAGAAUUCGAAGUUCUCGCGCAGAUUAAAUUAUUACAAGGUGCCGCUAACGCUUAUCAUUUACCUACUGACCCAAUGUUCGACAGAUGGUUCGAUUCAGUGAUAGUGCUCGAUGACAGAGAGGCGUAUCAACUUUCAUGUCAAAUCGAGCCGCCGACGAAUCCUCCGAAAGAAAGACGUCCGAAAAAAAUAAACGACAUCAAUAAUCAUGGACACAGAAAAAAUGAUUCUAUAGCUAGUACAAGUUCAAGUAAUAGUUCGCAGUUUUAUUGUGAGACAGAUGGUGCAGCAAAUGCUUGGAAAAGGGACAGUUUAGAGCGGCGAAUAUCACCAACAAGAUUAUCUCACGGUUCGUCCUCAUCAUCUAUACCUUCGUUAGACGUUUCUCUGUCGAGUGCAAAUAGUGGACAAAAGCCUGCAAAUGGCAAAAUACCAGGAAUGAGUCCCGCACACCCGAACGCACGCAGUGGACCUGAUUUUUACAUAAUUCGAGUUACAUAUGAGUCUGAUUGUGUUGAGACUGAAGGUGUUGUGUUAUAUAAAUCGAUAAUGCUGAGUAACAAUGAACGUACGCCCCAGGUGAUCAGAAACGCUAUGCUUAAACUUAAUCUCGACGGUGAUCCAGAUGGAUACACCUUGGCUCAAGUUUUGCCUGAUAAAGAAAUGGUUCUACCGGCUAACGCUAACGUAUACUACGCAGUAAAUACGGCGUACAAUUUAAACUUCAUCCUACGACCUCGCAAGAACCAACAAGACGAAGCGAUCGUUAACGGAAAAGCAAAAAACAAACGAACUUGAUUCUACCAUAAUAUCUCCUCAAUAUUUUGCUGUCCAUUUAUUUAAUAACAAAAUGAAACAACUGGAACACCCAAAACAUCUUAAAUAAAGUGUGACCAAAAAAGUGGAGAAAGAAACAUUCGUUACUUUUAUUGACUUUAAAUACUAUUUGUACAAAAACAAUUUUUCAUCCUUUCUUAAUUAGUGUAUAAAAUAACCGUGCCUCAUGUUAAUUUUAAAUCGUUAAUUGUAUGCAGAGCAUUCGUUUCUGACCUGUAGAUAUGGCUAUUUGUAGCAUACUUUGAUACGAGAAGCGUAUUCAGUAGUUAUAGUUAUUGUAACCGAAUGUACCUAACUGUAAAUACCAUGCUCUCAAUGCCACCUUUAAGUUAAGUGUUAUGUUAUUAACUAAAUUUAAUGUGAUUAUUUGUAUUUGUAUAUAUUGAUUUUGUAUCUAUAAUUAAGAAUCUCUUAAAUAAAAAAUAUAGUAAAAAUAGUAAGCCAAAGGCGUUAUCAUAAUAUCUAAUAGCAGGUGCUGUCCCUUUAAUAUAAUAAAUUUAGAAGCUUUAAAAUUGUAAUAAUUUAAAACCGAAUUUCGGAAAAUACUUAAACUGUUAAACGUUUUUCUACUCAUACUAUUGAUAUUAAAAAUGAUGAAAUAAGAAAACGAAUAGGUUUAGUGAUUUUUAAUAAAAUUGAAUAAAAGACUAAUACCGGCUAAAUUAUUUGUAUACGUAUUGCGUAUGAAACGUACGAGUUAAAUCUACUUAAAUCCGCAUUUGAAUUAUACAACGUGCCUAUAAUAAUUAUUAUUGUUUGUAUUUUAUAUAUUCUUAGAUUUUGGGACAAUUAUUACUGGUACUAUAAUAUCUACUACAUAUUAGAAUAAAGUGUUCAUGUUACCUGUAGUUGUUUGAAAUUAUAUAGACCAAAUAUUAGUGCAAAUUUGACUUAACUCAAGAUAACCAACAAAACUGGCAAAAAUAUUGCAUGUAAAAACAAAAAAAAAAAAAAAAGAAUGGUAAUAUGGAGAAGCAAAAAAUAUUUUUUCUUACAAUAAUGCCUUAUUUGCACUAAUUGCUCAAAAUUUUGUACAUAAACUCGUAAUUAUACUCUCAGUGUAAAGUUGUAGUCGUCACCAGUGUCCCAGAUUCCAUGUAUUACGAUUAUAUAUUUUGUGUAAUAAAAUAAUAACUUAUA